AUGGCUCAGAUGCUAGCACAACCUGGCCCUUCGGGGAGAAAGCCAAUUUUUCGAAAAGAAGCAUUAGAAGAGGUCGAGAAAUCAGGUGUGCGGUCAUCAUUUGGAAAGCUCCAGUUACCAGUUGGUCAACAAUUCAAAUCUUUCCUCUGCGAUAGCUUUAUCCAGCACAAUACUUUGUUGAGCAUUGAUUCGAGCCCGGCUUCAUUCAGACUAACCCACAUCGUCUGCACAAUAGGACCAGCUUCCAGAGAGGUAGACGUGCUGGUGAAGUUGAUGAAGGCAGGAAUGAAUAUAUGUCGACUCAACUUCUCCCAUGGAACUUACGAUUAUCACGCUGGAACCGUAAGGAACAUUCGAGAGGCGGCUAGACAACUGCCUAAUGGAGCAGUCAUUGCCAUCGCACUGGACACCAAGGGACCUGAAAUUAGAACCGGCCUUCUCCUCGGUGGGCCCUCAGCGGAAGUGACUCUUCAAACAGGUAACAGAAUAUUGGUAACAACGGAUGACCAGUACGCGGAAAAGUGUUCAGCGGACAUCCUGUGGGUGGACUACAAGAGAAUCACCCACGUUCUCGGUGUGGGAAGCAUUAUCUAUGUUGAUGACGGGCUGAUAGCCUUGAAAGUCACGCACAAGGAGAACGAUCGACUGGAAUGCACCAUCUUGAAUGGCGGACAGUUGGGCAGCAAAAAGGGUUGCAAUCUGCCCGGCACGCAAGUUGACUUGCCGGUUGUAUCUGGGAAAGACAAGCAGGACCUGUUAUUUGGUCUAGAUCAAGGUGUUGACAUGGUGUUCGCUUCAUUUAUACAGGAUGGCGCGGGCAUCAGAGAAAUGCGACAGAUUCUUGGAGACAGAGGAAAGCACAUAAAGAUUAUUGCUAAAAUAGAGAGUUUCUCAGGGAUUUAUAACUUUAAUGAAAUACUCAAAGAAUGCGACGGAGCGAUGGUGGCUAGAGGGGAUAUGGGCAUUGAAAUACCCCCAGAAAAGGUGUUCGUCGCCCAGAAGCUGAUGAUAUCGUCCUGCAAUGUUGCCGGAAAACCGGUCAUCUGCGCCACUCAGAUGUUGGAGAGCAUGACCUACAAGCCUCGAGCUACCAGGGCGGAAUCCAACGAUGUUGCCAAUGCCGUUCUGGAUGGUGCAGACUGCGUCAUGCUGUCUGGAGAGUCAGCGAAAGGGCUGUAUCCAGUAGAAGCGGUCAGUCACAUGGCUGCUGUAUGUCUUGAGGCGGAGUCCGUUCUUUACAGUCAGAGGACGUUCGAAGAGUUGAAACGGUUCACCCCAGUGUACGCUGACUCGGAGCACACCAUCGCUCUAGCUGCAGUGGGGGCGUCUUACCAGUGUAUGGCCACGGCGAUGUUGUGCGUCUCCAUGACGGGCCGAACAGGAGCUCUCUUGUCCGCGUACAGACCGCGCUGUCCCAUCAUCAUGGUCACCAGAAGCGAAACCGCAGCCAAGCAGUCGUUGCUAUACAGGGCCAUUAUACCUUUCCUUUUUUCGGGCCCUUCCAAGCCAUCCUGGGCGGAAGAGGUCAAUGCCUACUUAACGGCUGGCUUAGACUUUGGAGUCAGAAACCGAAUUAUCAAGUAUAACGACCAGAUUGUCCUGGUCAUGGGAACCGAGCAGGGACCCGACACCACCAACUGCAUCCAGGUGCUGACAAACAAGCUGGGGGAAAGUUUUGUCUAA